AUGGUCGAACAACCUUCCCCCGUUUUCCCGUUCGACAUCUGGGUAACUAUUAUCGAGGCUGCCAUAGCAAACGGAGAUAUGGCCACACUUUCUUCCCUUUCCCUCUGUUGCUACGCCUUCGUGCCCUCCUGCCAGCGGCACUUCUUUCAUUCCAUCCACAUCAGCGAAAAGCACUCGGGAUACAUCGACGGCCGGAAUGAGAAGAUUCUUGAACUCGAUACCUUACUCACCCAAUCUCCACAUCUUGCCACCUACGCCCGCAAAUUGGCCUACUUCAUCCAUCCUAUGAACGACAAGGAUAUUCAAGUUCCCAUCAACCGACUCUUCAUGAAGUUGACGAAGCUGGAAGCCGUCGAAUCAUACCACGAAGAUGAUCUCACCGAAGACGAAGACUUCGUGAAUUGGGCGACGCUCGACGAGCCACUUGCCAAUGCGGUCGCUUGCGUCAUAACAUGCCCCUCUCUUCGGGAGCUCGUCAUCAACGGCUUCACGGGAUUUUCGCUGCCCCUCUUGAGGUCCCUCUCGAGCCGGCUUGAGAGCCCUCACCUCUACUCGCUUGAAAUCGUCGACCCCGUUCCCACUAGAAUCACGUCCGAAACCCAUGUUGGGCCCGCUGUGCGGCACCUAUGCUUCGAUCAAAGCUCUGCGCUGGCGCUGUCCGCAAUGAUCAACGAUCCGUACAAGACAUGUACCUUCUCAAAGCUAUCGUCGAUGAAUCUGACAUGGGAUAGCAUUGACGUUUUGCUCGUGACCUCGAAGCUCGUAGCGCUGCAUCCUCCCCUAACCAAUCUCCAUACGAGAGGCGAGUGUCAUGCAAUACUACAGCCGGGCUAUAGCUAA